AUGCAGGUCGCACUCGAUGGCUUUAGCUACGACCAAGGCAAGCCAAAGACCUUCAAGCAGGAGAAUGGCGUAGUUCGGGAGUUUUGCGACAAUUGCGGUGCUUUUAUCUGUGAAUAUGGCGAACAAGCUGCGGACAAGUUUCGAUACAUCAUGUGGGGAACUUUCGACGAACCCGACAAGUUCCCUCCCAAGGGAGAGUUCUUCUGCAAGUAUAGAGAGACUUGGAUGCCAGAAGUACCAGAUAUCUUUCACAAGAAUGAGAUCAAGGACUAG